CUCACUUGGAGGUCCCAAACGUAGGAAAAUCCACCUUUCUCUUCCUUCUUUUCGAUUCCGUUGGAAUCUGAACUCCCAAACUAGCUAAUGUCCGUCUCUCAGAAUUCCUGGCCUUCUUUUUUGGGGUCUCUUUGAUCCAUCUAUUGGUUUAAGUUCAAAACAGAAAUCAACUCCGAGAUGGGUUUUCUCUCACACAAGGUAGAAAGAAGCGACAUUGAAGCUGGUGACCACAUCUAUACUUGGAAAACCGGGUUUAGUUACUCUCACCAUGGCAUCUACCUUGGUGGAAACAAAGUCGUCCAUUUCACUCGUGAAGAAAAUAAAGUCUCAACUGGUGGUUUCUCCAUCAGCUUUUCAAGUACAGGUGAAGUGUCUUCUCUGUACUCUGCUCCGCGUGCAAAAGAGCUGCCAGCCUGUCUACAUAUGCCGGACUGUGGAUUUCGUCAACCUCAAAGUGGGGUUGUUCUUUCUUGCUUGGAUUGCUUCCUUGGUGGCGGAUCAUUGUGUCGCUUUGAGUACGGAAUCAGCCCACUUAUUUUUGUUGUGAAACUUCGAGGUGGCACAUGUACGGUAGCAGACUCUGAUGCACCGAAAACAGUGAUUCACAGGGCCAUGUUUCUCCUUCAUAAUGGAUUUGGAAGCUACAACUUGUUUGAGAAUAACUGCGAGGAUUUUGCUCUAUACUGUAAAACAGGUCUUCUCAUUCAUGACCAAACAGCUCCUGGAAGGAGUGGUCAGGUGUCUGGUGUCGUGUGUGCUCCGCUGGCAGCUGUUCUUUCUUCACCACUUAGGUGGUUCAUGUCUAGCCCGAUCAGCAUAGCAGCAGCUGGAGCUGGAUUAUACUGUUUGAGCCGAUAUGCUACGGAUAUUGGGGUGAGAACUGAUGUCAUCAAAGCGGAAGUAGAGGAUAUGGUUUUGUUCCAUGGCAUCAUCGAAGGCCCAAAUAAACCUACUAAUCAUGUUAAAUCCCAUAAACGGCCCCAUGAGUCUGAUCAAUCGGAUUUUCCUGCUUCUAAGAGGCAAUGCUAGUGAUAACGCGUUGAGAGCAGUAACUCAAAAACCCUUUCGAACGACCGGGACAUAGAAUGCCUUAUCCUCUGUUUUAUAGUACCGGCAUGUUAGAAAGAUGAAAGAUUUAAGUCUGUUGUUUAUUUCGAGAA